AUGCCUUCAUUAACAAAGAGAUACUACUGUGUAGAUGAUUUCGCUGGAGGGAGGGAGUGUUAUGAAGGUAACGAUGGCUUUUGGUACACAGAUAAAGGCAUAAUCGUCAAGUGGAUAAUCCUCGCCUCGUUCUUCUUCAUAUUCUUCGGUUGGUUCGUAGGAGGUCGUAUCCACGCAAAGCAACGUUUAAGAAAGGGUCUUCCAUUGCUCGGAUACCAUCGCUUCCUGAUAUCCUACUCGGAACGUCGCCGCCACGGCCAAGUCCCCCAGAACCACUUUACCUUUUACCAAACACAAAACCCAUAUGCACCCAACGCACCCAACCCACAAUACACACAGAGACAGGAUGGCACAUGGGCGGAACCCCCGCCCCUAUACCAGAACACAGAUGCGCCACCACAAUACUUUGCGCCUCCACCUCCAGGCGCUACAAAAGCGAACCCUAACCAAGGGGCUCAGGCCAUGGAGAUGCCGUUGUAUGGUGCACCGCCGCAAGGAGUACCGCAACAAACAGGUCCUCAGCAGACGGGUGUUGUAGGUGCGGACGUAGAGCAGGGUCAUACACAGGAGUUACCACCUCGACCAGCAAAGGCGAAGAUUAUGGGUGUAUUAGAUCGCUUUAGACGGUAG